AUGAAGCUCUUUGUCAUUGCGUCGACCAGCUUGGUGCUUGGUGCAGCUGCAGCAGACCCUCUUCCAGUUCAUGCUGUGAAGAUCGCCCUGCGUCAGGGCAAGGCCCCUCCAGGCUAUGGUCCACCUGCCUACUCUCCUCCGCCAUAUGGACCACCACCAUCGUACGGCUCUACAAGCACCAGCUAUGGCACUGGCAGAACGACUUCUUCCUCUACAUCAAGCUCCAGCACCGAGGGCUCUCCCAUCUUCCCAUCGAACACAACCACGCCUCCCGUCUACAGCACCGGCUUCCCAGUCCCAAGCUACACCAACAGCUCCGAGACCCCUUCAUCCACCGAAGGCUCGCCCAUCGGCCUCACGAACAGCAGCUCCGUUCCUUUCCCCACGUUCACGACGGGCGUCACAACGACUCUGACUUCCCAACUCACCAUUACCCUGUCCGUGACGGCGCCUGCUUCUUCUGGUUUUCCUCCUUCGUACUCUUCGUACAAUUGGACGUACCCGAUCCCGUUCCCGACCGCUGGCAGCAGCUCCACGCUCGGCAGUGCUGUUACGCCAUCUGGCUCUUCGAGCUCGUCGUUCUCCAGCGCUUCGCCUGUGUACACCAAUUCGACUACUGGCGUCACGUCGACCGUUUACUCCACCCUUACGGUCUCUGGAACUGGAUCUUCCUCUGUCCCAGCCAAUUCGACAGAAGGCUCACCAAUCACUCCCACUGAGAGCAGCAGCACAUCGUCGACUUGGACUCUCGUGCCCACCGGCCCCUCCUCUUCGCCAGCCAUUUACACUCCACCAACAUACAGCACCAAUUCUGUCAACAGCACUGAAGGCUCUCCGGUCACAUUCUCCAGCCAGUCUCGGUUCCCCGGCACUGAGCCUUCUUCUGGCUUCUUGACCGUUCCUACUACUACUGGAUACUCGCACACGCCACCUGCUUACCCGACGAAGUCGUAUGCUGGACCGAGCGGGUACCCGGCUUAUGGUAGCGGCUAUGGGAAGGGAGGUCAUGCUGGUGGGUGGUGGGGAGGCUGGUGGUAA